CAGCCACAGCCAGGCCACAGCCAGGCCAGCCAGUCAGAGCCAGGCCGCCAUUACUCUCCACCAGCCACCAUGUUAGGAGCUACUGUGAGAGCCUGCUCCAGCGUCUUGAAGGCUGCUAAACCUGCUGUGGGUGCCAUCAACCUGCAGCAUGGAGGUGCUAGGAGCCUGCCAGCCCUCUACAGUGCCCAUCGUAACUAUGCUGCCAAGGCUGAGGCUGCCACACAGACUGGAGUGGCUACUGGCAAGGUUGUUGCAGUAAUUGGUGCUGUUGUUGAUGUGCAGUUUGAUGGGGAGCUGCCUCCUAUUUUGAAUUCUCUGGAGGUGGCAAACCGGACUCCCAGGCUGGUUCUUGAGGUUGCUCAGCAUCUUGGAGAGAACACAGUGCGGACUAUUGCUAUGGAUGGUACAGAAGGUCUUGUCCGUGGUAAUGCUGUAAAAGAUACUGGCAGCCCAAUUUCCAUUCCUGUUGGCCCGGGCACACUUGGUCGUAUUAUUAAUGUAAUUGGCGAGCCUAUUGAUGAACGUGGGCCCGUUGUUACUGAGCAUUAUGCAGCCAUUCACGCUGAAGCUCCUGACUUCGUUGACAUGUCUGUUGAGCAAGAGAUUCUUGUAACAGGCAUCAAGGUGGUAGACCUGCUGGCCCCUUACUCAAAGGGUGGAAAGAUUGGUCUCUUUGGUGGUGCUGGUGUGGGCAAAACUGUACUCAUCAUGGAACUGAUUAACAAUGUUGCUAAGGCUCACGGUGGUUACUCUGUGUUUGCUGGUGUAGGUGAGCGCACCCGUGAAGGAAAUGAUCUCUAUCACGAGAUGAUUGAGUCUGGCGUGAUUUCAUUAAAGGACGACACCUCCAAGGUAUCUUUGGUAUACGGUCAGAUGAAUGAGCCCCCAGGUGCCCGUGCCCGUGUUGCCCUGUCUGGUCUUACUGUAGCUGAAUACUUCCGUGACAAGGAGGGACAAGAUGUGCUGCUCUUCAUUGACAACAUUUUCCGUUUCACUCAAGCUGGUUCUGAAGUGUCUGCUCUGCUUGGGCGUAUCCCUUCUGCUGUAGGUUACCAACCUACUCUGGCUACUGACAUGGGUAGCAUGCAGGAGAGAAUUACUACUACCAAGAAGGGAUCAAUUACAUCUGUUCAAGCUAUUUAUGUGCCUGCUGAUGACUUGACUGAUCCUGCCCCUGCCACUACUUUUGCUCACUUGGAUGCCACUACUGUGUUGUCUCGUGGCAUUGCCGAGUUGGGUAUCUACCCAGCUGUGGAUCCCCUGGAUUCUAUAUCUCGUAUCAUGGACCCUAAUAUUAUUGGAGAGGCUCACUACAAUGUUGCAAGAUCAGUACAAAAGAUUCUUCAGGAUCACAAAUCACUACAGGAUAUCAUUGCUAUUUUGGGUAUGGAUGAGUUGUCUGAAGAGGAUAAACUGACAGUAGCACGUGCUCGCAAAAUUCAGAAGUUCUUGUCCCAGCCUUUCCAGGUGGCAGAAGUAUUCACUGGUUAUUCUGGAAAGUUUGUGCCACUAGAUAAAACAAUAGCUAGUUUCGAGCAGAUUUUGGCUGGGAAAUACGAUCAUCUGCCUGAGGCUGCUUUCUACAUGCAGGGUGACAUUCAAGAUGUUAUUGAGAAGGCUGAGCAGUUGGCACUUCAAGGAAGCUAAGCUGUGACUAUAAAUUUCCUUGGAUUAACAUAAGUAAUGUACAGAGUGCUGGUAAAUGUUCCAAUAAUCAUUGGGAUGCAGAGCACUAGUUUAAGUCUGGUAAACUAUGGCAAAACAUGUUACGUAAGUUAUUCCUGAAAAAUAAGUCAUGUGUUGUACAGAAUUCCAGUGAUAAUGUAAAUUUAUAUAAAUAAAUGUUAAGUCUA